AAUGAAGAAUUGAGCAUUUUUGGUUGGUGUUGGGAAGUUUUCCAAAAUGAGUCAACAGUAUGACGUUGGCUCUCAGAAAGCCAGUGGGGAGUCGGAGGAGUCAAAAAAGCAGCAGCAAGAGGCCUUGGAAGAACAAAGAAGGUUGAUGUUGAAGCAGAUCCUCACACCGGAAGCUAGCGAGAGGCUUGCAAAUAUAAAGCUUGUGAAGCCAGAAAAGGCUAGAAUGUUAGAGGACAGUCUCAUACGGUCUGCUCAGUAUGGGAGAAUCGGAAAGGUUGAUGAAGAGCAACUGAAGCAAUUCUUAAGCCAGUUUAACGAAAUGACUGACAAGAAAACCAAAGUAACGAUUUCAAGGAGAAAGGCUUUUGACGAUGACGAAGACGACUUUUAGACAGAAAAUCAUGUUGUCAAGUUUCGCAUAGGCAGGCGUGCUGUAAAUUGUUCCUUUAGUACAAAAGCCAAAGUUCACGGUUCAAAAUAAAACUUUAGAAAUGUUCCCCUAGUUCUUCUGAUGUCUGAUAGCAACUGUGUGCAUAACACACUUGGAAGUUAUCGUCACUUAUUUUGCAGUAUGUUUUACUUCUUUCGAUGCUGUAGAGUUUUUUGUUCGUUGCAGAUUGAAGUUUUCCAACCUGAAAAGGGAUUUCUUCUUGACUAGCUCUCUCGUUAUGUAUGUAUGACAACAUUGAUCUUUUCUUUAGAAUGGACAUAUGCUGUUUAACUGUUAUUAACAAAGUAAAAACAUUGUUCAACUG